ACUCACACGCGUCUUUCACAACCCGGAAGCGGCUUCCCUGUUUUCCACGUUUUUUACUCUGAAAAUAAUUCAUGUUGCGUGUUUCAGUUUUGUUAGUUUUCAUCGAAUAACGUGUAUUUGAGGUUCUAGAGAUAUAGAAAGAAAUGUGUGAAACACAUGAGUCGUUUGACCCGCAGCUGAAUGGAGCCGUGGACUUUAUGGAGCUGCUCUGCAUUGACGUGGGAAACGAAGCAGAGGAGAUCAAACCUGAGAGGGAAGAUGCUCACAUUUCAAAGAAUGUACUGAGGAAGCAGCGGCACUGGGAGAAGCAGCUGGCUGCGAAGAAAAGCAAAAGAAAAGAGGAGAAGCAGCGGAGGAAGCUGAACCGUCAGCAGGAGUCAGGCGUCAGCACGGACCCCCAGUUAACCAAGCGGGUGCUGAAGGCGAUCACCAGAGAGCGUUUGGCCGAGGCUCGAUCCACCGGCCUCAGAGUCUGCAUCGACCUGAGUAUGACUGACUGCAUGUCUGACAAGGAGGUCAGCAGGCUGGCGUGCCAGCUGAGACGGCUUUACGGCUCCAACAAGAGGGCGACUCGGCCGUGUCAUCUGCUCCUCAGCGGCCUGAGAGAGGACAGCCGGCUGCACCGCGAGUGCAUACGGAUGAACGACGGCUUCCUCAACUAUACGAUGGAUAUCGCUGAAGAAAGCUGCCUCGACCUCUUCCCUCCAGAAACUGUUGUCUACCUCACUCCAGACGCCGAUGAAGCUCUGGACUCGGUGGAGGCCGAUAAGGUCUACAUCCUCGGCGGUCUCGUGGACGAAAGCAUCCAGAAGAAGCUGAGCUUCAGGAGAGCGUCGGAGCUGCAGGUGCGCGCUGCCAGGCUGCCCAUCGACGAGCACAUGGUGAAGAAGGACAACCAGAAGAAUUUCCACUCCAAGAUCCUGGCGAUCAAUCAGGUGUUUGACAUCUUACUGACUUUUUGUGACACCGGCAGCUGGACGGCCGCCCUGCAGAAGUGGUUCCCUCUGGGGAAGGGUUAUGUUGUCACACCUGACGCCUCACCGCCGCUCCCUGCAGCUGACGGAUAGAAUCAUUUAACCUCUCCAGAGGAGUGCAGUGAUUUAUUUAAGACCUGGGAUCUUGUUUAUUUGAAGCUGUGAUUUUCUGUUCUGUACAUAAAUAAAAGG